AUGCUCCCCUCUCUCGCUGUCUGGAGUCUGCUGUUGCCAUCCACCUUGGCCGCAAUCCUUCCCCAGUAUGACCCCUUCUACACUGCUCCUGCUGGCUACGAGAGCAAGGCCCCAGGAACGAUUCUUCGCUCCCGCAGAGUCGCGACAGCAUAUCUUGGUCUGAUCCCUGAUGCAGUGCAAGCAUGGCAGCUGCUGUAUCGCACCACUGCCAUCAACGGUACCGCGAUCUCUUCGGCAACCACUGUCUUCAAGCCUCUCAACCCCAAGACCGACAGCUUUGUCAGCUUCCACACUGCCUACGACGGUUCUGCAGCAACCGGUGCUUGUGAUCCUAGCUACAACUACCAGCUGUUUGCUCCCCAAAUCGAUCUCAUCUCCUCGGUCGAGUUCUUCCUGCUUCAGGCUUACCUUCUGCAAGGAUACAUUGUACAAUCCCCAGACUAUGAGGGUCCUGAUGCUGCGUUCGGUGCUGGCCGUCUCGCUGGUAUGGGCGUUCUUGAUAGCAUGCGUGCUAUUGCCAACUUCAAGACCACUCUUGGCCUCACAACUUCGACUCCCAAGAUUGUCGGAUAUGGAUACUCUGGUGGUGCAAUUGCGACUGGCUGGGCAGCUUCUCUUCUCUCCAGCUACGCUCCUGAACUCAACGUCCUAGGCUGGGCUCAAGGUGGUACACCUGCCAACCUUACCGGAACAGCUGUCUUCAUCGACGGCACUCUCUUUGCUGGCUUCCUGCCUCAAGCUCUUGUGGGUCUUGGAGCAGACUCCGCCUACGGCGCUCAACUCGAUCCAGUCAUCAACCGCAUCGCCACCGCCAAAGGCAAGAACACCCUCAGAGUCGCCGAGCAGAUCUGCGGUGUCGAGAAUCUCUUCACCUUUGCUUUCGGCCAGAUCCAAAGCACCGAUUUCCAGACUCUCGGUAACAAAGUCUUCUUUGAACCGACUAUUGCGAGCAUCUUGGAGAAGACUGUUAUGGGUGUCAACCCUGAUGAGACGCCCAAAGCUCCAGUCUAUCUCUUCCACGCGACCAAUGAUGAGAUCAUUCCUUACGCCAACGCUUCAACAUUGUACUCGGAUUGGUGUGCUGAUGGCGCUUCCGUCCACUUCACCACUGUAGCCAAUGGCGGACAUGCAACAACAGAGAUAAUCGGGUUCGUCGGCGCAUUCAAUUUCGUCAAGGCUGCUUUCGCCGGAACAGUGGCAAAGGGAUGUUCGACUGAGACGAUCCUGGAUGACAGUCUGGACUUGCUUGCGUUGGGUGUCUCGUUGGAGCCGGUGCUUGUGCAGCUGUUGAAUGCGCUUGCUGUGGCUGGAAGAAAGGACAUCAAUAUCAAGAAUGACAUUACGACGCUCAAUGAGACUGUUGGAGCUUGA